UUGUUAUGACAUAUUUCACAAAAUAGCCCGUACGUACGUUCGCUAGGUACCUAAUUGCUCAUGUUUUGGAAUUUUUUUUGCGGAGUGGCGAGUAAAGUCCAUCUUAUUACUUCAUCCGUUCGAUCGAACUUCGUUUUGUGUAAGCAUAUGAGCAGUACGGUAAGCAACAUGCAAGAAUCAUAUCCAGUUAUUGCAAAAGUUCCAACUCACAUACUCACCUGGGGUAAGUGGAUAGAGGAAUCACUUGGUGAUCAAAAGGAAAUUGUUCUAUGCAUUACCGGCAAUCCCGGAUUGCCCGGAUUUUACACCAAAUUCCUCUCUACUGUAUAUGAGUGUUUGAACAAAGAGCUACCAGUGUGGGUAAUAGGUCAAGCGGGACAUGAUGAAGCUGAUGAAAGUCCUUACAAGAAGCCGGUACCAGCGCUGAGCGGAAACGAGAAUAUGUACAACUUGAAGGGGCAGUUGCAACAUAAAAUAGAAUUCAUAAGGAAGUAUGUUCCAGAGGAUGUAAAAAUUCAUCUGAUCGGUCACUCUAUCGGAGCGUAUAUGGCGUUGGAGCUGUUGAAACUUCCCGACAUAAGCGACCGUAUUAAGCAUUGCUACUUUCUAUUCCCUACAUUGGAACGGAUGGCCGGUUCGAGGAACGGAUUUAUAGUAACCAGACUCAUCAAUCCAAUGUGGUUCGUUUGGCAAUGGUUUUAUCGAAUGUUCAAUCUGUUGCCAUUGUUCAUUCGUACGUGGAUUAUCUAUAUGUACUAUCUGGUGGAUGGCAUUCCAAAAUAUUACCUCGGCACCGGUCUGAAGUACAUGAACCCAAAUGUCAUCGACAAAAUAUGGUUUCUCGCUAUGGACGAAAUGAAAAAUGUAACGGAACUGGAUGUGGAUACUUUAAAGGAGAAUAAGCAACGUAUUAAACUGUACUACGGAUCCAAAGACGGAUGGGUACCGGUGAGGUACUAUCACGAGCUUAAACAACGCAUCCCAGAUAUGGACGCCGAGCUUUGCACUAGGAAGUAUGAGCAUGCAUUUGUGUUACGUUCAGCGGAACAGAUGGGCUUUGCUGUCGGUGAGUGGAUUUUAAAAAACCGCGCUUAAAAAGUGAUAUAGAUAAGUGAUACGAAAGGGUUAGUAUAAAAAUAAUAAUCUUUACAUUGAAUAACCUUUACAUUCAAA